CCACCACCCACCACCAUCAUCACCACCACCACCAUCAUCACCACCACCACCAUCGCCACGAUGUUCGUCGAAGAGGAGAAGAUCUUUGCGGCCCAGGCGCUGCUGCUACGCCUCACUGUGCUCGCGGCCGACGGCGCCGAGUGGCGGGGCGAGGCGGCCGAGGCGGCGCCUCUGCGGGAGCUCAAAGAACGCGCCCUGCCGCAGUGCGUGCCAGGAGCAGCGGAGGACCCUAAGGCCGCCAGCCACUACAAGCUGGUGCACGUGGGCAGCGUGCGGAGCCUGGCAGACUCGCGCACGGCCGCACAGGAGGGCCUGCAGGACCAGGACGUGCUGCUGUUGAUCCGUAGGCGCCCCCCGCCACCGCUUCCCAAGAUGACGGACGUGGCGUCCGAGGAGAAGCGGAAGGCGGAGCAGAAAGCCCCGGACCGUGAUGCCAUCGUCCAGGCGACGGCAGGCGUGCGGGCGAGGAAUGCGUCGCGCACCACCACCGCCCCCCCCAACAUCCGUGACUUCCACACGGACCUGCGCAAGAUCCUGGUGUCGCUCAUCGACGUCGCUCAGAAGCUGCUCGCUCUCAACCCCGAAGCGGUCGACUUGUUCCGCACCGCCAACGCCAUGUUGGAUGAGGACGUGGAGGCUGAGCGGCCGCCUGAGGUGGAGGGGGCGCUGACGCAGCUGCUGGAGAUGGGCUUCCCAGAGGGCCGUGCCAGCGUGGCGCUGCACUCCAACGACAUGUCGGUGACGCGCGCAAUGGAGUGGCUCAUUGAGCACGAGCAUGACUCAACGGCCGCCACCUCCACCGCCACCACCUCCACCACCACCACCAUCGCCACCUCCACCACCACCGCCCCGGCGAUCACGGGGCCAGCGGCGGCGACGGCCUCGUGGUUGCCGCGCCCCCCGGCGGCCCCCCCGGCGACCUCCCCCGCUGCCCCUCGGUCGCCCAGGGGCGGGGCCCAGGGAGAGGUCGCGACCCCGGACGACCUCACGGAGGUGUUCCGCCGGAUCCGGCGCCGGCGGGAGUUCCGGCCGGACCCCAUGCUGUGGGCUGUGCGGGGCAGGCGCUGGCGGCGCUGCUGGAGAUGGGCUUCGAGGAGAAGGACGUUGUGGAGGCGCUGCGAGUCAACGGCAACAACCAGGAGGCCGCUUGCGAGUGGCUGCUGGGGGAGCGCGCUGGCGCCGCCUCCGAGGGCGGGGAGGGAGGCUUGUCCCCCGGCAGCCCGCUGCUCCAGGCCAUCCUGGAGAACCCCGUGGUGCAGCUGGGACUCACCAGGCCCAAGAACCUGCUCGCGUUCGAGGACAUGCUGGAGAACCCGGUGAACAGCGCCCAGUGGAUGAACGACCCGGAGACCGGGCCGGUCAUGCUGCAGAUCUCACGCAUCUUCCAGACGCUCAACCGGAUGUGAUCCUGUCGCUCACACACCCACUAUGCUCCACCCACCACGCUCCACCCACCACGCUCCACCCGCACACUCCACCCGUCACGCUCCACCCACCACGCUACACCCCCGCCACGCUCACACCCGCCACUAAUGGCAGCGUACUCACGCACGGAGACAGCUGCCACUAGGGGUGCCCCUAGGCGAGCCCACACAGCGGCAAUCAUCCCCUACGGCUGGCAGCGGACUCACGACCCAGGUCAAAACGCCGACUCCUGGUCUCGUGACUUCUCACCCGGUGACACAAAACCAACGUGAACUCGCUCACCCUGUACACCGACCCUCCGUUCCACCCUUCACACACAACCCGCGCGCGCCCUCUCUUACCUUACACCCUCGGCACAUGUAAACACAUUGUCCUGCGGAGGGAGCUGGUAGGAACACGUUGGGUUGCUCGGUCAAUGGCCUGCAGGGUCAACGGCGGCGUGGUGUAUUCCCGCAAAUAUGCCCGACUGUGAGAGGGCGGGCACAAGCCGGCGUGAGUAGGUUAAAUGUUGAGUUUUAUAAGGGCACCACGGGGUGACCAGCCCCACCCCACCCAGCCCCACCCCUCCCACCCACUACCCAGCCCCUCCCCACCCUCCCCACCCAGCCCCACCCUCUUCACCCUCCUGUAGACCAGGCGAGGUAGUUGACAUCUCCUAGCCACCGUGAUGAUGAUGAGAGAGAGAGAGAGACACGCAGACUCCAGAUAUACAGCAGCAGCAGGCAUCGUCAGGGUCAGGAUCGAACCCACGACCUCCUGUACACCAGGCGAGGUAGUCGACAUCUAGCCACUGUGAUGAUGAUGAGAGAGAGAGAAACACAGACCUCCUGUAGACCAGGCGAGGUAGUUAACAUCUCCUAGCCACCGUGAUGAUGAUGAUGAGAGAGAGAGACACGCAAACUCCAAAUAUACAGCAGCAGCAGGCAUCGUCAGGGUCGGGAUCGAACCCACGACCUUCUGUACACCAGGCGAGGUAGUCAACAUUUCCUAGCCACCGUGAUGAUGAUGAGAGAGAGAGACACGCAAACUCCAAAUAUACAGCAGCAGCAGUCAUCGUCAGGGUUGGGAUCGAACCCACGACCUCCUGUAGACCAGGCGGGGUAGUCAACAUCUCCUAGCCACUGUGAUGAUGAGAAAGACACGCAAACUCCAAAUACACAGCAGCAGGCGUCAGGGUCGGGGAUCGAACCCACGACCUCCUGCACACCAGGCGAGGUAGUCAACAUCUCCUAGCCACUCACCCUGGACCUUCACCUCUCUCAGCUCCCCCCCCCUCCGUCCCUCCACUCACCCGGCCGCCACCCCCGCACCACGUGGGAGCCAGGGGCCACGUGUCUGCCCUGGGCCCCGCCAUGCAGGGGGCCUCCCUGCCGCCGUGCUCCCUUCCUGCCCCACAUGGACAUCGUCUUGUUGAGGCGGUCAUCGUGGGCAAUCCGCACGCCCCCCCCCCACCCCCACGGGACAUUAAGUUGCCGGGGUUGGCCAGUUGUGUGUGCGCGUGCACGUGUGUGUGUGUGUAUGUGUGCGUGUAUGUGUGCGUGUAUGUGUGCGUAUGUGUGUGUGUAUGUGUGUGUAUGUGUGUGUGUACGUGUGUGUGUAUGUGUGUGUGUGUGUGUAUGUGUGUGUGUAUGUGUGUGUGUAUGUGUGUGUGUAUGUGUGUGUGUAUGUGUGUGUGUAUGUGUGCGUGUGUAUGUGUGUGUGCGCGUGUGUGUGUGUGCGUGUAUGUGUACGUGUGUGUGUACGUGUGUGUGUACGUGUGUGUACGUGUGUGUAUGUGUGUGUGUGCGCGUGUGUGUGUGCAUGUGUGUAUGGGGAUCUUUGUCUGUAUGUGUCUGUGGGGAGCGGUGGUGUUAGUGGUUAGCGCUACGAAUCCGGCGACACGAGUUCGAUUCCCGCUCACGGCCAACACCAGUGGCGAUUAUUUGAACCGUUCCCAGGCCUCCCCUAGGUCGACUCAGCCUCAAAUGAGUACCUGGUGAGGUGUGUAAACAUCGCCACUAGGGAGACAAAGGCGGUCGGGCGUGGUGCUGGCCACCCACCCCCUCGUGUACCGUUCUGGCCUUCAUAGGUGCUCGCUAACAGCACUUGCCCCUACAGUCUGUUAAGGCUAUACGGGGGAUCUUUGUGUAUCUAUGUGUGUGUGUAUAUGUGGACAAAGUCCCAUUGGUGAGCUCCUCCGGCAGGCAAGGCUGCGUUGGCUGGGUCAUGUAGCCCGCAUGCCCAGCCACCGCAUGCCUAAACAGCUUUUGUUCGGCCGGAUCGAGGGGGCUAGACGGGCGCGGCACGGGCUGGAGAAGAGAUGGAGUGAUGUGGUACAGGAGGACGUGGAGCUGAGUGGACUUGCCGAUGACCAGUACCAGCGGAGUCAAGAUCGGCCUCUGUGGAGGAGGCUCGUGAAGGACGCUGCUACUGGGCAGUUGGAGGCAGUCGCCUCAACGUGCACCUAGCCUGGCACAAGCGUCGUGGUGACGUCACCGCCACUUAGUGGCGAAUGGCGGUUGUUGUUGUAAAUGUGUGUGGUAGUGUAGCGGUUAGCGCUACGCUACGAACCCGGCGGCCCAAGUUCGAUUUCCAAUCACGGCCAACACCAGUGACGAUUGUCUGAACCGGUCCUGGGCCUCCCCUAGGUCGACUCAGUCUCAAAAUUAGUACCUGGUGCGUUGUGUAAACAUCGCCACUGGGGAGACAAAGGCGGCCGGGCAUAGUGUUGGCCACCCAUCCACUCGUGUGCCGUGCCGGCGUUCAUAGGUGCUACUCGCUAACAGCACUUGCCCCGACAGUCUGUUAAGGCUACACGGGGGAUCUUUGUCUGUAUGUGUCUGUGGGGAGCGGUGGUGUCAGUGGUGAGCGCUACGGAUCCGGUGACCCGGGUUCGAUUCCCGCUCACGGCCAACGCCGGUGACGAUCAUCUUCACCGGUCCUGGGCCUCCCCUAGGUCGACUCAGCCUCAACUGAGUACCUGGUGCGCCACUGGGGGAGACAAAGGCGGCCCUGCGGGUGUCGUGUUGACCCACCCACCCCCUCUUGUGCCACAUUGCCGGCCUUUCAUAGGCGCUCGCUAACAGCACUUUGCUCAACAGCCUGUUAAAGCUAUACGGGGCUGGGGGGGAACUUUGUCUUUGGGGCCGUCCAUAAAUGACGUCACGCAUCUGGGGGGGGGGGCGGUCAGACAUUUGUGACGAUGUGUGACGAGGGGGGGGUCUUCUUGGUUCUUUCGGUAAGUCACGUAGAAUGGAAAUAAUAAAAAUAAAAAUAAAUAUUUUAUGUUAUUUUAUAAUGUUAAAUUUGUAUUAAUUUAUUAUUUCCAUUCUACAUGACUUUACUGAAAGAACCAAAAAGAUGAAUCCCUGCAGUCACGAAAGCUUUAAAUCGAGAGGGGGGGGGGAGUUUGGGAAAUCUGACGUCACAUCAAAAUGCGCAACUUUAAAUAAAUAUAGACAACACGUUCUACUUAAUUAAAUAGACUUUUCAUCUUCUUGGUUCUUUCGGUAAAGUCACGUAGAAGGGAAGUAAUAAAAUAAUUAUUUUAUUUUAUUAUGUUUUAUUUUAUUUUAUUAUGUUUUAUUUUUAUUAUUUUAUUACUUCCCUUCUACGUGACUUUACCGAAAGAACCAAGAAGAUGAAUCCCUGCAGUCACGAAAGCUUUAAAUCGAAAUUUAAAUAGACUUUGUAAUAAAUGUUUUCUCCUACAACGUCAGAGUGCAGCGCACAACAAUGGCAAUAUUUUAAAGCGAUUUGAAGCAUGUUUUAUAUAUUUUUUGGGGGGAGGGGGGGCAGAGCUUUGACAUCAUAUUUGAGGGGGGGGGGGUCUGACUUUUUGUGACGAAGGGGGGGGGGGGGGUGGUCAAAAAUCGUCCAAAAUCGCGUGACGUCAUUUAUGGACGGCCCCUUUUGUAUGUCCGAUUAACUUCUUUCGCACCGUACUAUGUAGCAAACCGCGCUCAUUGGAGGCACGGGGGAGAGGGGGGGGAGAGAAGGAAAACUUAACACAACAAAGCAGUCGUAAAGAAAUGAGUCUCCUAACUACAAUAACAACACUGGUCAACAACAAACAAAAUUCAUUUUUUUCUGGCCUGGACUUUUGCAGCUGUUUUAGACUAAUUUUCAGGGUGCCGAUUCCAAAUCUGAUCUCAAGAUUUGCUCUAUCAAGUAUCAUUUUUAAAUCCUUUAUAUUAAGUUCGCUUGCUUGCUUGCGUGCUUGCGUGCUUGCUUGCUUGCUUACGACCGUGCAAAUCUUUCGGUCGUUUUUUAACCCACUUCCCGUGAUCCAAUCGAGCUGACAUUUUGCACACAGACUCGUUGUGCGUGACAAUUAAUUUUUGUGAAAAAAAAUUUUCCAAAAGAGUCUGUAUGCAA